UUCAUACCAUUACCACUUACCAGUUACCACACAGCAAGCCUUACCACAAGAGCAAGCCUUGUCGGCGGCGCCAUCGACGAUUCCUCCCUCUCGACGUCGCGUACCACUAAGAGGCGAUAGCUCCAGCACCGACGCCGACGAUUCCUCCAUCCCGACUACCUACCUGACGACGUCGAUCUAUUCGUGCCUCUCGACGACGUCGUGCACCACUAAGAGGCGAUAGCUCCAGCGUCGACGAUUCCUCCAUCCCGACUCCCGAUCUGUUCUUGCCUUCGUCGAUCUAUUCGUCCCUCUUGAUGUCGCCCACCACCAAUAGGCGAGAGGGCCAGCGUUGACGUUUCCUCUAGAGUCUCGACCAGCUGAACCCUUUGCCCCUUUUCCUUAAUCGGUCUUUUCAUCUAGAGGGCCAGCGCCGACGAUUCCUCUGGUACUCUCUUUCUCCCUCCUCUUUACCUUAAUCGGUCUCACACUCUCACUGACCGACCCGCCGAACCCUUUGCCCCUUCGUGGGUUUCCUACUAGGCUUGGUGGAUUGAUUAGAGUCUAGAUAUUAGGUAAAAUAUGGUAGAUUGAUUAGAGUCGUAUAUUAUCUCCAGGGUACUUAGUUCUGAUUAGAGUCGUAAAACAUCAAAAACCAAUUAAACCCAUGUGAUAAUCUGCAGAGCUAUUUCCUUCAUUAGUACUCUGAUGCAGUAUUGGUACUUCCAGCAACUUGUUAAUGCAUAAAAUAUGUUAUUAGAUGCAUUUGGAAACCUGAAGGUUUCAAAUUUUGGUUUAAGUGCACUGUCACAGCGAGGGUAAUUAAAAGAUUUCAAAUUCGAUAUCAAGCAGUUGGUAAAAAGAAGAUAUUAUCUGCAAAAUGAAAUCAAAAAGCUCGCAGGGAAAACGAGCUCAAGCAUCGGUAUCUAGUGAGGUGAGUUUCUUGACUAUGGUUACAUUCUUAAGCGGGAUUUGAUGUGUGUGUUUACUUAUAUGGUGGAUGGUUGGGGUUGUUGAAGGUGGAGUUUUGACUCUGUAGCAUUUGGGGUUGUUUACAAAUUGCUUCUGAAGAUUCUUUGUGGAUCAACAUAAAUAGGUUAUGGUGACAAGAGAUUGUAGAACUAGUUGAGGUUUAGAUGACAAGCUUAACUGGUCAAUUUCUUUCAAGAACUUGUCGUAUGCAGGGUAGAAAAGGCGGUGGGCAGUGGGCGCUGUAAGAGUCUCGAAUGUGAACCUCCCAUUCACAAAAUCCAGAGCUAAUGGCACCAUUGUUCCCAUCCAAACAACCGGCUCGAAACCCCUUCCUGCCCAUCACCCUUAACCAAGUGAAAUGAAGCAACUACUUACAAGGAGUGGCAUAAUGUCGCUGUAGAAAAGUGGGAUUUCAUCAGUCUCUCCACUAAUUUUAGUGGGUAUCUUGUUCCUCCUAUCUUGCAAACUUUUCCCCACAUUCUCCUGUUAAGAAAACUCCAACAACAUAAAGAAACCAGAGCAAAUUGAUCAAAUGGGUUUGGGAUUAAUUUACUUUUUUACCUCAUGGGAGCUGGUUGUUUAAUAGCCAUGAUAAUUAUUAUUGUUGCUGCUGAUACUAUGUUGUUAUCUGCUCAAUUUACUUUAUCACUUUGUCAUUGUUUAGGUUGAAUAUGAUGAUGUUGCAAUGGAGUCCUUAAGUGGGGAAGAUAUGGAAGUCGAAGUGGAUGCAAGUACAAGUAGUGUGGGUGCUGCUGAUAUUGGUUCAACUGCAACUCAAAUUAAGUCACCGAAGGGAAAAGGCAGGAAGCUUACAUCAAAAGUAUGGGUUCAAUUCAAGAGGCAUGUGACGGAUAAAAGAUUCAAGGCAUCAUGUAUCAAAUGCGGGAAGAUUUAUCAAUCUAAAUCGAGUAGAAAUGGAACAAGUGUACUUCUCGGACAUAUGGAAAAACCAUGCGGUGAUAGAAACGGUACUGCUCAACAACUGUUGAAUACAAAUACAGUUGGAUUAGGAGAGAGUGAUGAAGUAGUGUUAGGGAGCUGGAAGUUUGACCAAGCCGCUAUAAGGAAAGGAUUGGCUUAUAUGAUUAUUGUGGAUGAGUUACCUUUUAGGUUUGUUGAAUACUUGGGUUUCAAAUAUUUUAUGUCACUUACUUGUCCUAGAUUCUGCAUACCUUUUAGAAGGACUGUGACUAGGGAUUGUUGGGAAUUUUAUCUUGAGUUGAAGCAAAAGUUAAAGAAUGUCUUUAGCAACUGUGAAGGUAGAGUUUGCUUGACUACAGAUUCAUGGACUUCCAACAAGCAAUUGAAUUUCAUGUGUGUGACAGCCCAUUUUAUCGAUAGAAACUGGAUAUUAAGAAAAAGAAUAAUUGGUUUUCGCCAAAUAUUCUGUCAUAAGGGGGUGGAUAUUGCAAGUGCAGUUAUGUCUUGUUUGGAUGAAUAGGGAAUAGAUAAGAUUUUCACAAUCACGGUUGACAAUGCUAGCUCGAAUGACACUACAAUAGAAGAAUUGAAAAGUAUUUUUGAUGAUAGAAAGAUUAGCAUGUGUGGUGGAAAAUUCCUUCACGUCAGGUGUGUUGCCCAUAUAAUGAACCUUGUUGUGAUGGAUGGAUUGUCUGAGAUAUCUGUAGCUAUCAAGAGAAUCCGGGAGGCUGUGGGAUUUAUUAGGCAAUCACCAGCUAGAAUUCAAAAGUUCAAUAAUUUUGUUGCUCUUGAUAAUACAAGCAAAAGUGGCUUGUGCCUUGAUGUUCCAAUGAGGUGGAACUCGACCUUUUUGAUGUUGCAAUCUGCUGUGAAGUAUGAGCAUGCUUUUGAUCUUUAUCGAUUGUCAUAUAAGCAGUUUAAAAAUGAUCUCGAAGCUAAGAGUGGAAUACCUGAUAUACAUGAUUGGGAGAGUGCUAGAAGAAUGAUGAAAUUCUUGGAGCAGUUUUAUCACUUUACUUUAAAAGUUUCUGGUUCACAAUACAUAACCUCCAACUUGUUUCUUCCUGAAGUUGGGAAUUUGUACAAUUUGUUGAAGAGUUGGAUGGUUGUUAACAAUGAGGAUUACCAAUUAAGCUUCAUGGCAACGAAGAUGAAACAGAAAUAUGAGAAGUAUUGGGGAGAUGUUGACAAGAUGAACAAGUUGUUGUACAUAGCAGCCGUUUUAGAUCCACGGCGAAAGUUGCGCUUUAUUGGUUUCGCUCUCAAGUGGAUGUAUGGAGAUGAGAAAUCGGCUAGUGAUUUGACAAGUGAUGUUGAGGAGGCUACUUAUGAGUUGUAUGCUCAUUAUGAGAAUCAAGUAGGUGAAGCUUCAUCCUCCUCUCAAACAGAACUAGAUGAAGAUGGUGGAAAGAUGGAUCUAAUUGCGGAGUAUAUGAAGCAAUUGCAAAAAGAAAGAGGUGUAGUCAACAAAACUGAGUUGGAUAGGUAUUUGAAUGAGGAAGUUGAAAGAUCAAUGGAUCCCAAAUUUGAUGUGUUAUGCUAGUGGAAAGUAAACAGCCACAGGUUUCCAACUUUGUCUCGGAUGGCAAGGGAUGUAUUGGCUAUCCCUAUUUCUACAGUUUCGUCUGAAGUGGCUUUUAGCACUGGAGGGAGAGUACUGAAUGAUUUUAGGAGUUCUUUGACUCCUAAGAUUGUGGAGGCCCUUAUUUGUACUCAGGAUUGGCUCCGAGCAGACUCUAGUCCAUGUGUAGUUGAAGAAGAUUCAGAGGAGAUCGACAAUAUUGAUGAAGGUAAGCUUUCUUAGAAUAAAAAAGCUAUUAGUUUUGUUUAAUGCUCAAGUUGAUGGUGACAUUUUAUGAAUUUUAGAGUUGAGCAUGGUGUUGAAGGCUAUUAACAUCUCUGAUGUUCCACUUCCUUUUACCAAUACCCCUCGUACGAGUCCUAUUAUACAGGCAAACGCAAACACGUGAGGUAAUUGAUUUGUUGCUGCGAUUUUGAUUUGUUGGCCCCGGUUUGGUAUUAUCAGUGAAGUAGAUUUCAUUAAGUAUUAUUGUUUUUUGGGUUGCAGGUGGUAUGUUCAAGGAGAAGAAGAGGCUGCAGGUUUUUGUUUUUGUUUUUUGGAACUUAGUUAAGUGAGAGAACUGAAGGUCCAGUUAAAGUCUCAUAUAAUAUUUACUGAGGUUUUGUUUUUACGGAUUCGGGGGAAGAUGACUUGACUAGCUCUCUGGAUACGAUUCUGACCUCCAUUUCUGAUACUUUUUUUUUCUGGUAAUGGCGUGAAUUGUUGCUUACUAGUUGGUAAUGGCGUGAAUCGUUGCCUUCUCGGGGUUCUUAUAGAUGCUGUGUUUUUGCGGUUGCGGUCCAAACCACACCAAGUCCCUAACUAAUGCGGAUUGGUUGGACCGUACCAAUUAACUUGCGGUCUUGUUUGCGGUGCGGUCCAAUUACUUUGCGGUGCGAUGCGAUUUUUAUCAACACGGUGCGGUGCGGGUCGCACCAAUGCCCACCCUUAGACGACAACAGUAGUCAUCUCUUUCCAUUAUGAGUUCUGAAACCAUGUGUCAUGUAUGGUGGUGGUGUGUUUUCAGAAAAAAGAAAAGAAAAAAACAAAGGAAAUUAGAGGGGAGGGAUGAGAUUUUCAAAUUUUCUGUUCCUUACGAUUUUCUUGUGGUUUUGGUUUGUUUGGGCCUUGGGGUUUCGGAUAGGCGCCGGGCCCAUUUCUGGCCCAAUUGGCAAUUUCUUUUUUAGGACAGUUUGUUUAUGCAAUAGUGACUAGUACAUACAAAUGUGGUGAAGGUACAAAUGGUGACUAAAUUUUAAAGCGCAACCAACCAAGUGGUUAAAUUUGUCGUCCUGUAUCAAAAUGUACAUUCAUCCUCAACUAAUAUAAGUGUAUAACAACAUCACGGUUUUAAUUUCUAGUUCAUCUAUAAUUUUGAACCCUAUAAAUCGAGAAGAAAUGGACUAUUGAGGAUCUUGAAGCAGAUAUUAAGGUUAAUAAUUCAAAAAGAAAAGUUGCAGUUGAAUGUGGUUGGACUUUGAUUAACCUGAAAACUAAGGAUGAGCCAUUUCGGUUUAUAAUCUGAAGACAACAUGGACGAUAUGGAGAGUGUGCGAUGAUAAGUAUAUGAUUCUUGUUCUCAAUAACAGAUACUUAAAAAAGUAGCCGUCUCUCAAACCCACACGGCAAACGCAUUAAUUCAACAAGUAUCUCAUAUGGAGCUUAAUGUAUUCCGACUUGAUAGCAAACACUAUGUGUGUAUACAUUGUUGACUUGUUGGAUCUCUCGAUGAAUUGCUUAAUUAUCACCUCUAAAAUGUUGCAAGAGAAACAAAAAUGAAAUAGAUCUACUUAAAAUUUGCUUCGGUCUUGUUCUACCAACAAACAAUGAAUUUUGAUUAAGCGU